AUGCCAGUUACCAGAAGCGCAAAAUCAUACCCCGUGAAUACCCAAGAAUCCUCGUCCACUGCUCCAACCUGUUCGACGGGCACUGACACGAUCACGGGGACCGAAAAGACCGCUACAACUUCAGAACACACGCGCUCCACGUACGCCACACGUACAACCGGUGCAACUGUGGAAACCGACGCGACGAUCAGACAAAUCGACGCGGCGCCGACUGCCACCUCGCCAGUCUCCCAACUAGUAGAGAGACCCGAAGCCGGCGCCACUACAAGCGAAGCACCACGGAGAAUAUGCUCUCCUAAAUCUGUUCGAUCUUUUCGAUCCGGUUCUUCGAACAGUCGUCGUAAGCAGCUAGCGGAAGCGCAACAAGAAUUAUUGAAGUUGAAAAUCGAUUUAAUAUCUGCAAAGAUCGCGGCAAUGGAAGAGGAAUCGGACGUAGACGAACCGGAGGAAGCCACGAUCCGCGAAGAACGCACAUCGGAGUGGAUUCGCACAAGCACUAUUGGGUUGAGAAGAGAAGAGCAGGAAGACUACACUGCCGCCACACGUACGAAGGAAGAUAUAUUGAAGGGAAGACCUGCCGAAUCACAGGCGCCGCCGCCGACGCGCGACGUCAUUCGCCAGGAAAAAAUCUCCACGUACGCGGCACCUGCGACAGCUGGGACCAGGUGCCCCCCCACCAACUACGCGGGGGGAGCGCCCCCCUCUACAUACGUCACGCACACAAGUGAGAGACAACAGCCGCAAUACUAUCGUAACAACGACGGCCACCUGGAACAUAAGCCGCCGAACGACAUAUGUUAUGAAAAGUUAGCAACGGCGAUCACUACUGCGGCACGAGCGAUUCAACCCACUACUGCAAGACUUCAAGAAUUACCCAUAUUCAACGGUUCGUCAAGCGACUGGCUGCCGUUCAAGACAGCCUAUGAAGAAUCUGCAGGGCUGCUUACAGAACAAGAGAACCUGGCGAGGCUCCGGAGGAGCUUGAAAGGCACCGCUAGGGAAGCAGCUCAAUGUUUAUUCGUCGGAGCCACGUCCUCCCACGAAGUAAUGAGCUUACUGACAUCAAGGUUCGGUCGUUCGGACGCGCUCGCACUGGCCGAACUGAGUAAGCUACGCACCCUUCCACGUCUGGGCGAACAUCCGAGAGACAUCUGCAACUUCGCAUCGAAGAUCAUCAACGUCACGGCCACAUUGAAGGCGCUAAACAGACCGCAUUAUCUACACAAUGCCGAGAUAGUGCGCGCCGUGGUUGAGAAGCUGCCUUCAGCAUUGCGCUAUCGAUACUAUGACUUUGCUGCGGAACAGCCAGAAUACCAACCUGACCUAGUAACCCUGACCGAGUUCAUGCAACGCACAGCUGCACGUUGUGGGAGCUACGCGCCCGUCGAGAACACACCUGUGGAAGACCGGCGGGAGCCAGCAGGCAGGAGACCCAUGAAGAGCUACCACACUCAAAUAGCGAAGCCAGCCGAGCACGAACAAGUUACUACGUGUCCUAUUUGCGACAAGACGGGUCAUCAUGUGGCGCAAUGCGACGAAAUGAAGACAGCAGAUGUAGCCGCCAGGUGGGACAUAGCACGCAAACAUAGGCUAUGUUUCCGCUGUUUACGGACACGCAAAUUUCGCCAUACGUGUAAGAACAAGAGGUGCGGCAUCGACGGUUGCGAGUACAUGCAUCAUUCACUGCUGCAUGGCACUCCACCCUCAUCAAAGGAGAAGAAAGAAGCUCCUGCAUCAUUUGUUGUGGCAUCAGCAAAAGACAGAAGCAACACCACCGCGCUACUGAAGGUACUCCCUGUGCAAGUGAGGGGCCCCAAGGGUACGUGCAACGCACUCGCACUACUGGACGACGGGUCAACGUGCAGCCUGAUUGAGGCGGCGCUAGCAAGAAGGAUCGGCGCAGCGGGUACACCAGCACCCUUUUACAUUGAGGGUGUAGCCGGCACGCGAAUUAACGUUGGCGAAUCGCAACAAGUACGCAUUUCUCUGCGCGGGCGCGACACGAAUGAGCAUACAAUAACAGCCCGCACCAUGAACAACUUGAAGCUAUCGCCGCAAGCAGUGCCACGUAACGUCAUACGAGCUUGCCCCCACCUGCACGACUUAGAAGAGCAUCUCAUCUACGAAGAGGGAUCACCUACGAUACUGCUGGGUCAAGACAACUGGCAUCUUUUACUCACACAUGCCGUGCGACAAGGGGACCGACACCAACCGAUCGCAACACUCACCGACGCAUAUCCACACAAGUUGCGUACAUACACAGCCGCGCGAACUACUUCCUGCAACGUUGGGCAUCUAACUCGCGCCGAGUACUAA